AUGCACAUCAAGGCGCACCGCUCGAACCAGGAGUACGAGAGGUUCGAUGCGGAGAUGAGGAGGAUCACAGACGGCAACAUCAUGGCAGACGUCAAGCAAAAGAAGGCCAUCGAGAAGGCAUCGACGCAGACGAUGAUUUUGUUCAAGCUGGUUGUUGCCGUCCUUCCCCUCUUCGACAAGGAAGAGAACGAAAGAUGGACGAGACGACCGAUGACGACGAAGAGAGUCAGGAGUACGCGGAUGGAGGGCUGGCAUCAGUGGGAGGAUACCGAGCUAGGGAAGCAGUGCCAGGCAUGCCUCAAGCUGCACACCCCUGGGCAAGAGCUCGUUCUCACAGGUCGCACGGGCACGCGGACUUUCCUGAACGAGUACUUGGUGCAGCCGCUCGGGCACUGCCCCAUCGCGGUCAACCAGCAGGGCAAGGCGCUGUGCACGGACGCGGUCCCCACGGUGUUCGUGUGCGUACGGUGUGGAGCUUGGGCACAGCAACGGCGGCGCGAGAAGCUUCGAGCGACGUGCACGCAGCCCACCAUCAAGGCGCGCGAAGUCGUGGCGAACUUCUGCCGAGGGCUCGGGCCGCACAAGACGCUGGCAAAACACAUCGUCACGCUAGUGCCUAUGACGGUGGUCCAUCGACGGCAAGCCCCAGUCCCCAAGGAGAAGACGACCAUCGUCACUCCAGUGGCCACUGAGGAGUACAGCUACGAGAACAGGAUGGCUGCGCUGGUUGGGCACAUCAGGGCAAAGGAGAAGCGAGACCCAGAGGAGGAGCAGGACCACAACACGAUCCUCGGGCAUACGGAUACAGGGCAAGACAAAGGUGGCGAGGUAUGCGGCUACGGCGGCAGCGGCACCGAGUCCUACGCCGGCGUCAACUCCGCCGAGUACAAGGUGCACGCGAGCAUCCUGAACACAGCAAGUGGUACCGUCGGGGGGCUUCUCCUGCAGCACCCCAUGCCGGGCGAGGGCAUCGGCCUGAUGGUGGUGAAGCGGGGCACUCAUCACCUAAGACGGCGACUCCGAGAGGCGAAGGGUCACCUGCUGCAGCGGCAAGUGGCCGAGUACAGC